AUGAAUGAGCGAUUUGAUGCUGAGAUGAUCAUACGGACAUAUGUGCAGAGGGCCUGUGGCGUCGGUCGAAGCUUAUUCGACCCCAUACUCCUCGACGGCGACUCCUCCUCCUUUGAUGGUGGUGGAGGCGAGGGAGCUGCAGAGGAUGCUGAAUUCCUCGACUUCCCCCUCUCCCAGGAUGGCUCACAAGACCGCCUUACCCUCGCCGCCUUCUCCUCUCAGGACUCCUCCCCUUGCCACGACGAGGGGAUGGAGGAAACGAUCCCAAAGGGGUACGUUCCGAUGCUGGUCGGAGGGGAGGAGGGGGAGGUGGAGAGGGUUCUGGUGCGUGUGAGGCUCUUGAAGGAUCCACGCUUCGCUGCCUUGCUUGAGAUGGCUGCUAUGGAAUUUGGGUAUAGGCAGCAAGGGAUCCUUAGAGUCCCUUGGGAUGCACAAAAAUUCCGGCAGAUGGUCGAUGCGAUCUCCAAAUCUAGAUGA